AUGGGGAUGGACAGGGGGAGGCGGGCCCUUGGCUUCUGCAGCAGCAGCUGCAGCUCCCGCAACACAAGCCGAGCCGGAGCCUGCGGUUGAUUGACUCCUCUCCCCUCCCCUGGCUUGUUUAUAACCAGUCCCCGGCCCCGGGGCCAAGGAGGGACGAAAGAGGCCGGACUACUGUCCGGCCAACUGAGUCCUCAGCGGGGGACUUCUCCGAGGCUUGGGGCAGCUCGUCGAGGGAGCCGGGGUCGAAGGGGAAGGGACACGAGGGGAGAGUCCUCUACGGGCGGUCCAUCCUGCCCUCCCCCUUUUCCCCGCCCCCCCAAGUCCGGGGACCCACCCACGUGCCGCCCCGCCCCCAUCACCCCUCACCCAGCUCGGCGCCCGCUGACGAAACCCUGUGCAAAGGGCCCAUUCGGACAGACAGAAGGCCGUCCGGCCGGCCUCCCCAUCAUGCCGGGCUGGGGUCCCGUCCUGGCUGCGCUGGCUGCUCUGGUCACCCUGGCCGUCGUCCUCCUGCUGGCCCGGAGGAGGCGGAGGUGGCCGGAGCAGGAGGCCCACGGGGCGACCGUGCCCGAGGAGCCCUUGCCCGGGGGCUGCCGCCUCAUCUGCAAGCCGUCGGCGCUGGCGCAGUGCCUGCUGCGGACCCUCCGCCGCUCGGCCGCCCCGGGGCCCCGGCCGGGCUGGUGGCGAGCCUGGCCACACCUGCAGACGCUCUGCCACUUCGUGCUGCCCCCCGGCCCCGGGCCCGAGCUGGCCCGGGAGAUCCUGCAGCUGGCCGACGACGGGCUGGUGGCCCUGGACUGGGUGGUGGGGCCGUGGGCCCGGGGCCGCCGGACCCCCGCGUCCACUUCGUCGCCCGCCUCGCCGUCCGCCUCGUCGUCCGCCUCCCCGGCGGUGCUGCUCAUCAUCCCCAACGCGUGGGGCCUCCUGACCCGCAACGUGCUGCGCCUCUGCCGCCUGGCCCUGGAGCGGGGCUACUACCCGGUCAUCUUCCACCGGCGCGGCCACCACGGCUGCCCCCUGGCCAGCCCGCGCCUGCAACCCUUCGGGGACCCGUCGGACCUGAAGGAGGCGGUCACCUACAUCCGCUUCCGACACCCGGCCGCGCCACUCUUCGCCGUGAGCGAGGGCUCGGGCUCGGGCCUGCUGCUCGCCUACCUGGGCGAGUGCGGCUCGUCCAGCUAUGUGACAGGCGCCGCCUGCAUCUCGCCGGUGCUGCGCUGCCGGGAGUGGUUCGAGGCCGGCCUGCCCUGGGCCUACGAGCGCGGCUUCCUGCUACUCCAGAAGGCCAAGCUCAGCAGGUACGCCACGGCCCUGGCGGAAACCGUGGACAUGGCCAAGCUGCUGUGCAGCCGCUCGCUGCGGGAGUUUGAGGAGCGGCUCUUCUGCCAGACCAAGCACCUUCCCAUGAGCUGGGACGCCUACUGGGACGUCAAUGACCCCCUGCGGGAUGUGGACGAAGCCGCCGUGCCCGUGCUGUGCAUCUGCAGUGCCGACGACCCUGUGCGGGGGCCCCCGGCGGGCACCCUGCCCACCGAGCUCUUUCUGAGCAACCCCUACUUCUUCCUGCUGCUCAGCCGCCACGGGGGCCACUGUGGCUUCCUGCGCGAGGCCUGCGCCCCGGCCUGGAGCCACGAGGCCACACUGGACUACUUCCGGGCCGUGAGCGACUUCUUCCGUGCCGAAGAGAGGCUGAAGGGGAUGGCCCAGCGCCGGGCCUCUUUCUUGGGGGGCCGGCGGCGCCGGGGCACCCUGCUGCGGCGGGAGGCCUCCUCGCCCUCGGGCCUCCAGGAGAUCUUUAACUGGCAGCGCUCGUACACAAGAUGAGAGGCCGGCCCGACGGGACAGCCGGGGCCACCGCCGCCACUACCGAGGUCUCGUGCUGCUGAGCGGCUGGGGCCGGCUGGCUCCAUGGCCUGGCUCUUUCCGGCUGCAAGCUGCCUCCGGGACCCAGAACCACCUCCAGAUGGAUGGAUACUUCAGCAAAUGGCAGCCUGGGCUCCCCCGGCCAGCUCGAUCCGAAGGGAGUGCCCGCUGGGUCAGCUGCCAUCUCUUCCUCGGUCAGCAGCACAGGGCCAGGCAGCUGGAGAGGGCGGGAAGAGGGAAGCCCUGGAAUGGCCAUGGUGGACAGAGGCUGGGAUAGACUGGGGCUGGGGUGGACUGCGGCUGGGGGAGGGUGGCGGGGCGGAGACUGUUUUCCUAGAAAUGGCAGCGAGGGAAUGGCCUGAUAUGGGAGCAUAGGCCUCGGGGCCAGGGGUGACCCCGGGGAGGAUCAUUUCUCUGCUCUUUCCUCCCUCACUGUGCUGAGCCCGAAUGAAAGUGUUUGCUGGGAGAUUACAUCAUCAUCAUCAUUACAGCUAUUAUUAAUAUAAUGGUGGCAUCUCUUAAACCUUUA